AUGGCAUUCCAGAUGAACGAGCAAGAGAAAAUCCUUAUCGUUGAUGAUGAACCUGAUACCAUCCUGAUCUUACAGGAUCGGCUCGAAAUGGAUGGCUAUGAGGUUGUAACUGCUACCGAUGGGUGCGAUGCCCUUGAGUUAAUCGAUCAGGAUCUGCCGGACCUAGUACUCUUAGAUAUCCAAAUGCCGCGCUUGGAUGGAAUCGAAACGCUUACACACAUCCACGAAAAGUACCCCGGUAUACUUGUGCUCAUGUUGACAGCACACGGCACAAUCCAGCGUGCUGUCGAAGCGACGAAGCAGGGGGCAUACGAUUUCUUGGAAAAACCCUUUCAACCAGAACAUAUUACACAAAAGGUUGAUCAGGCAUUAGAACACCAACGCACCGUUGAACACAGUACUAGGGACGAACUCCUCCACAGCUACGAGGAAAUCGUAGGGGAAAGUCCUCCCAUCCUCGAAGUCUUAAAGAUCGUCGAAAAGGUUGCGGAUACAAACUCUACCGUGUUGGUCCAAGGGGAGAGCGGUACAGGGAAGGAGUUAGUUGCUCGUGCGCUUCACCAAAAUAGUUCGCGCAGAGAAAAAGAGAUGGUCGUUGUCAAUUGUGCUGCUAUUCCAGAUCAUCUUCUAGAGAGCGAACUAUUCGGACAUGAACGUGGUGCGUUUACUGGUGCAACUUACCAAAAGAUUGGGAAAUUUGAACGCGCUCACGGCAGCACGCUGUUUUUGGAUGAAAUUGGAGAUAUGUCGAUUGAAUUGCAAUCCAAGUUGUUGCGCACCCUACAAGAGGGAGAAAUUGAACGUCUGGGUGGAACAAAAGUAAUCCGUGUUGAUGUACGAAUCAUUGCGGCGACCAAUCAAGAGUUGCGGCAGGCAAUUGAAGCCGGAACAUUUCGUCAGGACCUCUACUACCGUUUGAAUAUGAUUCCAAUCCACCUGCCACCAUUACGAGCUCGCCAGGAGGACAUCCUGAUAUUGGCGGAGUAUUUCCUGCAAAAACACAGUAAAGCCCACAAUCAACCCGCACGGCUAAUCAGCCAAAAGGCAAGAGAACUGUUCAUGCAAUAUGAUUGGCCCGGCAACCUACGAGAACUGGAAUACUCCAUUCUACGAGCGGUCCUCUUCGCAGAAGGCGAUGUCAUUCUCCCAAAACACCUACCAGAAGAAAUUCAAUCCACCAGCCAACGUGAAGCCGAAAGCGUACCCGUCGGUUUGACAAUGAAGGAGAUGGAAAAGGAGUUAAUCCUCAAAACCCUUGAAAGAAUGGAGGGCAAUCGUACCCGAACAGCAGAGAUUUUGGGGAUUAGCCUGCGUUCCUUACAGUAUAAACUGAAGGAUUACGAAACAGCAGUUGAACGUGACACAUGA